AUGGCUGGAACGAAAAGUCCUCGAAGUAAGGACGACAAAACUAAGAAGCGCAAGAGAGACACAAUCGAAACCGAGACGAAAUCUAAGAGACACAGGCAACAGAAUCGUGGAAGCAAGGCUAAUGUCGAUGGCACGCACAAAUCCCAGGCCUCGCAGAAGGGGAAACACGAUUAUGACAUCUCAACUGGAGACCUUACAUCUUUCCGCCCUCAAGAAGUCAUCCGGCAGUCAGAUGAUGGAGAGGCAGGCUGGAGAGUUUCGAAGCCCAUGGGCGGUCGAAUGUUGGACAUUGAUCCAAUUCUCACACCCGAUGAACAGUAUCUCAUCUUGACCUACAAUACAUCGCUCCAAAUAUACAAUGCCAGCAACUCUCUCCUCAUUCGACGCAUUGCGAUUAGCACCCUAGAUACGUCAGCCCCGAAGGGUACCACGCCUGCUCACAUUGUUGCAACCCGAUUGUCUAGGAACAUCCAUCAACUAGUAUGGGUGGCAUGCUCCGAUGGGCAGGUUUACUGUGUCGAUUGGACGGAAGACGGUAUUCCUACGCCCUCGUUUCAAACCACGUCGAAGACGGCCAAAGCGUUGGCCGUUAUGCCAGCCUCCUAUGCUGAGAAGAGGGAGAUCCUUUUGGUGGCGGAGUCCGACAAGCCAAGCCGCAUGGAAGUUGUUGCAUACCAAACAGUAAACGAUGGCGAACCCAAGUCGAACAGCAUUUUGACACUCAAGAAGGCGGGAUACGGCCUCCAAAUACUUGAGACUAGUGAAGACGGCCAGAUUCUCGUUGGGGCAUUCCAAGACCGCCUAUUCCUGGGUACGGCAUUUGCAGCCGCCGAGAGCCUUGAGCAACUGAAAUUCGAAAUCUUCUCUUUUGAUGCCCCUGACCUUAUCACCUGCGUCGACCUGAGACUACGUCCUCGCUUCUCUGGGAACAAGAAAGCUCAAUUAGGAACUGAAAAGGCUCUUGAUGUGAUUGUUGGAGGAGCUCGAGGAAGUAUUUAUGUGUAUCAUGAUGCUUUGGCUCAUGUUAAAUCUGCUGGAAAAUCGCAAUUUGUGAAGGACGGAAUCCAAGUGCAAAAACACCACUGGCAUCGCAAAGCUGUGCACGCUGUAAAGUGGUCCAGAGAUGGACAUUAUUUUAUAUCUGGAGGGUCUGAGAACGUUCUAGUUGUCUGGCAGGUGGACACAUCCAAAAAAGACUUCCUGCCUCAUCUUUCCGGAAGUGUUGAGAACAUUGUCGUCUCAUCAUCUGGCUCUUCCUAUGUGCUUCAUCUGGAUGACAACUCAGCGAUGGUUUUGUCAACUGCCGAAAUGAAGCCCACUGCAUAUAUUGCCGGAAUCCAGUCAGCCGCAGUUGACGUUUCAGAACCAAAGGAUCUGCUAGUUCGCCGAGUGUGGAGUGUGUCGGAACAUGUACGACGGCCGAUACCUGCAGCAAUUAGACCUUCCGACCCUUCAAAACUCCACGUUUGUGUUGGCAACGGCCGCCAAGCGAGUCUUUCGGGAGAUUUUUCUGCUCCCUUAUUGCAGUCUUUCGAUUUGGAAUCGUUUACCAGCAUCUCGAAACAAGCGUUGGCAAGAACGCAACCAACAGAUAUUAACCUCAACAGCAAAGGACGCACAAUCGACGAACCGUUGGUAACAAGUAUUAGCUUUUCUGGAGACGGAAGGUGGCUCGCCAGUGUCGAUGAAUGGCAACCUUCACCAAAAGACGCUGAAAACAUAUCUGCCGAUCUUAGAGAUCACUGCAUACGCGAGAGGCACGAGGUGUACCUAAAAUUCUGGGAGGUUCGAGAUGGUGCCGAGUCAAUAGAGCUGGUGUCAAGAAUCAACCGCCCGCAUGCGACGAGCGGCCCGGAAUCAAUUCUGAGCCUGGCAUCGGACCCUACAUCUAGCUGCUUCGCAACCAUCGGAUCUGAUGGCGCGGUGCGAGUAUGGCGACCUAGACCCCGGCAGCACAAUGGAAUUACCAUGAAGGAUGCCAAUGGUCAGGACGCCGUGUCAUGGGGUUGUACUCAAGCUAUUGGUGUAGGGGAUGGCAUUGGUCUCGAAAAUGGCACAGAUCUUAUCAACCCAACCCGACCCAUUGAGGUCCAGGGCAAUGUUACAUUCUCAGAAGAUGGCUCCACGUUGUUUGCUGCCUUUGGAGCUGUUGAUUCUGGUGUUGUUUACAUCAUUGACGUCGCUUCUGGCCAGAUUGUCAAAACACUUGAAGGGUUGUGGGUUGGCAAUCUUCGCUCCAUCCAAACACUCUCGUCCUUUAUUAUUGUACUGUCUGAUGAUCUGAGGGUGUACGAUGUUGUCAGCGACGAGCUUCAAUACGGCAUCGUUGUGCCUAAAGUAUACGGAGUCACUGAGCUCCAUCAGCUUACGGUCGAUCACACUUCGGGGCACUUUGCUGUCACCCUGCCCAUUGGCGGCAUAUCGAGCAUUGCAGUCUUUGACCCGGAAGAUCCUGAGCCUCUUAUUGUCAGGAGCACGCCGCACAGAAUAGUGAGUCUCGUGUCAGCACCUGGAGCCAGUGGGUUUAUCGCACUCGACGACGCCGCCCAAGUCUGGGUAAUUGCUGAGGGCUCUGAUCCAUCGUCUCUCGCAACUGUUCAGCCACUGCACGAUCUUCAGUUAGAUGGGCCGGCCGGAUCUGUCGAUGCGGACGACAACGUAGGGGAAGUGCUGCCCGCGGAUGAGAUGGACGUGGUGAGCGACGACGAGGCCGACGAUGACAAGGAAGCAAAUGGAGUUGACGACGUGGACAUGGAGGUUGACGAUGACGACGAUGAUGCCUACGGCAGUGUAAUACCUCAGCAGCUCUUGACAGAGAUCUUUGACGCUGCGCCUGCAUUUGCGGCUCCGUCCAUCGAGGACAUGUUCUACAAGGUGACGGGACUUUUAGCCACAAAGCCUCUCGCCGAGCAAUGA